CAAUGCUCUUACGUCUGCUUACAAGAUAAUCUAAUUUCAAAUCUAGCAGUGAACUCCAAGCCUCAAAAAUUGGCUUUCAUUACAUGCAACCUCUAAACAAAAGCAUAUAUAUAUAUGAGAAACAAGAACACUCAUUUGCUUAACAAAAGCAAAACCAAGAUGAAUUCCUUCUUCCUCUUUUGCAUGAUCUUGUGUGCUUGCACCAAAAUCUGUUUGGUAUAUUGCGAUAAUCUCCAGGAUACUUGUCCAGCAGCUACAGGCAAACAGUCUAUCUUCAUCAAUGGUUUGCCUUGCAAGAACCCAGCCACCGUCACUCCAUCAGAUUUCAAGUCAACAAAACUGAGUAGCCGUGGCGACACAGACAACUUCUUCCGAUCCUCAACGACCAUUGUCACUGCCGCAGAUUUCCCUGGCCUCAACACCCUUGGCCUCUCAAUUGCCAGGACAGACCUUGAUGUGGAUGGUUUGGUAUUGCCACAAUCCCACCCAAGAGCCUCUGAGUUGUUCUUUGUCAGUGCAGGUGUGGUGAUUGCCGGAUUUGUUGACUCCAAAAACCAACUGUUUCAGAAGAUUCUCAAGGAAGGAGACGUGUUCGUGCUUCCUCGCGGUCUGCUUCACUUCUGCGUGAAUGCUGGCAAUGAGGCUGCUACCAUUUUCUCAGUACUCAGUAGCCAGAAUCCAGGGGAGGUGAGUGUAGCUGGUGCAAUGUUCGAGUCUGAUCCAGAUAUGAUAAACAAGCUAGUGAGCAAAACAAAAUCUCUUGUUAAUGGCUUGGAAAAUGCCACUCUAUUCGGAUUUAAUUAGAUUAUCAAGUCGACACAAUGAGAAACUAAUACAUAUAAUGCAUCUUUAUCUUGUUUAAAGUUGUUGAUGAUGGUUUUAAUUUCCAGCAUUUGUGUACACAUUCUUGAAGGGAAAAAAAAAAAUCGAAUUAAGCUCUGUUUAAUUUGAAAAG